UUCUCUCAGUCAGAAUUUUUUGCAAAUUGUUUCAUUUACAGAUUUACUAUUCCGAAAAGCUUUUCCUACCGUACUGUUAACAAUAAGUUAGUAACUGAUUAAUUAAACUUUUUGGUUUACCGUUUACGUUUUUACGUUCUCGGUGUGACGGCUGUUGUAACGCACUUAUUCAAACUCGACUCGUUCCAGUUCUGUGUCUUAAACUUUCUUUAAACUAAUUAUUUUGCAUAAUUCUGGUCUUUAAGACUGUAUCUAAAGCGCAGUAUCGGAUUCAGAUUGUUUAUUUUGUUGGUUAUUCGUUCUUCACCAGUUACGAUCUGAUUUGGCUGCCAUCCAUGGCUGCGGAUUCAAAGUCUUCGAAAUGCCACUUGCGAACAUCGCAGUCAGACUCCAAUCUGGAAUCCAGGGCAGCCACGAGCUGGAUGCCUACUUCGUGGAUGCGCUGGAUUCCCACGUCUGACGAUCUUCUGGCUGCUGCUGAACGGAAAAUUCUGUCGUAUCUGAAAAGCCCAUACGAGGGAUAUUUCGUGACGUUACAACCGGAAGCCGGCGUUUCGCGCCCCGAAUCCCACAAGGCAUCGCAUCGCAUUUGGACGGUUACCCUUAACACCAAGGAUCCAAUCUCUCCCAUCCCGCUGGUGAUGGUCCAUGGCUUCGGUGGUGGCGUGGGCAUGUGGGCGCUCAAUCUGGACGAAUUAGCCAGUCGGCGUCCAUUGUACGCCUUCGAUCUCCUGGGUUUUGGACGUUCCUCACGGCCAUCCUUCAGCACCAACGCCGAGAUAGCUGAGCAACAAUUUGUUGAUUCCAUUGAGGCCUGGAGAAAAGAGCAAGGAUUGAAGGAUUUUAUUUUGCUGGGCCACAGUCUGGGUGCGUUUAUUGCUGCUAGUUAUUGUCUACGGUUUCCACAGUAUGUCCGGCAUCUGAUCAUGGUUGAUCCGUGGGGAUUGGCGGAAAGACCAUCGGAAAAAGAUGCCCAUCAGUUUUCAGCUCCUUUGUGGAUUCGAACAGCGGCGGCGAUGCUACAGCCGUUUAACCCUUUAGCUGGUUUACGCGUGGCUGGACCAUGGGGACCUCGUUUGGUCGGAAGGUUCCGUCCAGAUUUGCAGCGGAAGUUUGCCAACCUCAUUCAGGAAGAGAAUGCCAUUUUUGACUACAUCUAUCACUGCAAUGCGCAAACACCAAGCGGCGAAGUUGCAUUCAAACACAUGACAGUGCCUUAUGGAUGGGCCAAGAAUGCCAUGCUGAAGCGCAUGUAUAAAAUCGAAGACAAAGUUCCUAUAUCGUUUGUAUAUGGAUCGCGGUCAUGGAUAGAUCACACAGUUGCUUAUCUCGUCAAAGAGAAUCGUACGAAUUCCCGAACGGAAGUUCUCCUGAUACAUGGAGCGGGACACCAUGUGUACGCUGACCGACCGCAUGAAUUUAACGAAGCCAUUAAUCGAAUUUGCAAUCAAGUCGAUAGGGACGAAUUGUAGAGGCGUCAUAUGAUUCCUGUGAUCUGGAGCAUUUUCGCAGGAGCCCCUUUUGUAUUUUUUAGAUUUUAUGUCUGGAGUUUUUCAAAACAUAUAUUUUCAUAGAAGUUGUUGCAAGACGGGCUCUGAUAAGGAUGUUACCUGGUAAUUAUUUGAGCACCUUCUUAUCUGGACUCACUGUCUAUAAAUUUUAUGACCGGUGGCAUGCCUAUUACGCAUAUCGUAGAUUUCCGGUACUGUUGAAUGUUUAUGUUUUUGUAAAUCUUUCCUUGGGUUUCGUUACUUUUAUUUGUUGCAUCUGUCAUAUCUGAACGUUAUUACCAUGAAACUCCCGUUUUUGUGGACCAGAAUGGCCAAGUGGGUAUUGAACCUAAUAAAGAAAUCGAAAUA